AUGGCUGAACCUCCGGUCGUUCCUCCAAUCGAACCCCCACCACCACCAGAGACGUCGCGUCCUCUCCAUACUCUCCCUCCACCUUUCUCGCACGACGCUCUCGAGACCAUAACACAAGGUGCCGAGGCCCUUGUAUACAAAACCACCUUCCUCACGCCGAGUACGCCCGUCGUAGUCAAAUACCGACCACCAAAGCCGUACAGACAUCCUACUCUAGACAAGCGUCUUACAAAACAGAGAUUAUUGGCCGAGGCUAGGAGUCUGAUCAGGGUCAAGAGAGAUGGCGUCAACGUACCAGGUGUGAUUGGCGCCGAUUGGGAUGCGGGGUGGUUAGUGCUAGAAUAUGUAGAUGGCAGGACUGUGAGGAAAGUACUAGAUGGCUGGGCGCAUCAAGUAACACAGCGCGAGAAGGAUGAAAAGGCCACAGAAGGAGUAGACAAGGGGAACAGAGAAGCGCUGAAAGAAGAAGAAGAAGCUGAAAUACUCGACCUAAUGCGAAGAGUAGGGCGGGAAGUAGGAAAGCUGCACGAACUUGGGGUAUGCCACGGGGAUCUCACAACCAGCAAUAUCAUGCUACGGACACCAAAACCACAAAACACGGAGACAGAAGAGCAGCAGCAAAAACCACAGGGACGUCAAACAACAAGUAGUCUCCGCGAAGCAGCGAUGCGCGGCGAAGAACCUUCAGACCUUCCGCCCGCCCACCCUCCGCAACAGUCCGAUCCUACCACUUCACUGUCCGGCGACAUAUUUCUCAUAGACUUCGGCCUCACAACUGCCAGCAUACAAGAUGAAGACAAAGCUGUUGAUCUUUAUGUUCUUGAAAGGGCAUUUUCAGCAACCCACCCAGCUGCUGAGCCACUGUUUCAGGAAGUGCUGAAAGCUUACGGUGAGUGUGGAAAGGGUGCUAAGGGGGUUUUGAAGAGGCUGGAAGGGGUAAGAUUAAGGGGAAGGAAGAGGAGUAUGCUUGGGUGA